UGCCUCGGGGCUGGAUGUGGUCGAAGCUCAGACUCGGCAUCAUCUCCUCUCUCUCCUCUCCUCAGUCGGGGGCCACGUGCCUCGCGCCACGCGGUCACUCAGUCGGCUACAGUAGUGGUGCGCGAUCCACGGGUUCGUUCCUCCGCACAGACUCGUCGCGCGCCAAACCGGAGGUACCGGAGAAAAGAGACGAAAGAGAAGGAAGGUGGUUUAUCUCGACGAGUCUUCUUCACGAAGCUCCCCUUUCUGCCAGCGUUGCCCCCCCCUGCUGUUAAGGCUGUGGCAUGAGCCUAUGUGGCAGGAAGGCGCUGACGUUGCUGAGCAGCGUGUUCGCUGUUUGCGCACUGGGCCUGUUGGGGAUCGCCGUAAGCACCGACUACUGGCUCUACCUGGAGGAGGGAGUCAUCCUUCCGCUCAACCAGAGCACUGAGAUACGCAUGUCCCUCCACUCUGGACUCUGGAGGGUUUGCUUCUUGGCUGGGGAAGAGAAAGGACGGUGUUUUACCAUUGAGUAUGUGAUGCCCACUAAUGUCCAGAUGACCUCUGAGUCCACUGUUAGUGUUCUCAAGAUGAUUCGCUCUGCCACUCCAUUUCCUCUGGUCAGCCUCUUCUUCAUGUUCAUCGGUUUUGUACUCAGUAACAUCGGCCACAUUCGACCACAUCGUACCAUCCUGGCCUUUGUUUCUGGAAUCUUCUUCAUCCUGUCAGGUCUGUCGCUGGUUGUUGGUCUAGUGUUGUACAUCUCCAAUAUUAAUGAUGAAAUGUUGAACAGGACCAAAACUAAUGAAGCCUACUUCAGCUACAAGUACGGAUGGUCAUUUGCUUUUGCUGCCAUUUCCUUCCUGCUCACAGAGACGGCAGGCGUCAUGUCAGUAUACCUGUUCAUGAAGCGAUACACAGCAGAGGAAAUGUACAGGCCCCAUCAAGGCUUCUACCGGCCUCGUCUCAGCAACUGCUCAGACUACUCUGGGCAGUUCCUCCAUCCAGACGCCUGGGCCGGACGUGGACGCAGUCCUUCCUCCAUUUCCUCCGAGGCCUCCCUCCAGAUGAACUCCUCCCACUAUCCUGCUCUUCUCAAGUGUCCAGAGUAUGAACAAAUGUCCUCCUCACCCUGCUGAGGCCGAGGAUGAGUGGUUGUCUUCAGGUCAUUUUGAUCUGCCAGGAUUUUGGCAUGAAAUUGUCCAAUAAUUUGAUAUUAUCCAGCUUGAAGUCUUCACUUCAAGUGUUCUGACUGACCUGAAUAUCUUUACCUUCCCUGCUGCUGAUUUUUAUUUACACCUUUUGGUUUUGUAGGGAGCAAAACCUAAGUUGAAGGUAAUCCAGUUCACUUUGUUCCCAGUUUAUUUUUUCAGGGAGAGAUGUUAAAAAAUAGGAAAGGAGAUAGUUAAACCAGGUUGUACUUUUAUCUGCUUUUUCUAUAGUUUUUAGUAAUAUGUGGCAAGCAACCUGCUAAGUGUAGAAUAGGGAUUAGAACUGGAUAGAUAACUAUGUGUUAUGAAUGCAUAGUUUGUGGGUAUUUCCUCAAAGCCAAAUAUUACAGCUGAUCGUUUCAGCUAAAAAGCAGUAACAAAUCAGAGAAAUCACCCAGGUGGAGAAGAAACUUUCUGAGAAUCAUAAAUCCUGGAGGUUGGUUCUGGAAAAAGGUGUCCUCAAUUUGAUGAGAUGACUGAACGAAAAGGGAAGUUGUGAUUCAUAAAAGGUUAAUAAGGGUUUAAAUAAAAUUGCUGCUCUUUUCUUCUACAGAUGUUGCACAUGCACCAGCUGUCUCAGUGCACACUGCAGAUUUCAUUCAUAUGCUCAGUUGUUUCAAAUCAAACUGCAGAGUUCUUCUGUUUGUGCAAAAAGUGGCUUUUUGUUGUCAUGUGCUGUAGGUGUCUUCAUGCGCAUCAGAGUUGUUUCAAAUGCGUUUAUGUGAAGCCAGGAGCCAGUAUUCAGUUUGAACUUUUUCUUGUAUAAGUGUAGAGGUUAUAAAACACGUGACAGAUUCAAAUUUCAACCACUCAAGCAGAUAAUUUUAACUGACGUACCAUUUUAUAAACAAACUGUUUGACAGGCGUACAUGCUGGGCAGAGUUGGGCUUAUGACAGAUGGUAUUUGACCUUCUGUAAGAACUCGCCCCUUUUUUCACUCUUCAAGCAUUUCUACAUCAAGUUUAAUUUUUAAACAAUUUGCAGAUUACUCUGACCUUUGGCUAACUGCCAGAACUACUUACAUGUAUUUUCUCCAUUAAAGUCCAUUGCAUUUAUUGUUCUGAAGCCACAGCGGUGUUCCUAAUGUUUUAAGCUCUAACUGAAGAGUGAAAGGCUACAAUUACAUUAUAUACAUGCAUUACAUACAUUAUAUGUAGUUGAAUAUACUCUGUGCAAUUCUUCAUUUCGAAGCUUGUUUUAUUUGUCCCCCUCAGCAGUUUAAGUAUUGACACCAAAGGAAAGAUUUGCAUUAUAGGCUGCUUGUCCACACAUAUGGGGUACAUUGUUUUAAAGGCUUAAUCAGAAUAUGUUCAAUUUUAAGUAUAUUGUUGUAUACUGUUGUAAAGGAAACAGACAAAACUGAAGCAAUGCUUUAUAUGCACUCAUAAUUCAUCAUGAAAAACAAUGCAGGACAGAUUUAUGUCAGUGAAUAAAUGAUGAUGUAAAAGCACUUUUUGUACUCUCAGAGAACCUAUGAAUCCUGUAUUCAGUGGUCUUCUUAUGUAGUCAAGCAAGCAAAAACAAAAAGUGUAACCAAAUUUCAAAGGAAUACAAGCAGCACAGGGACUGCACUGUUUGCCAGUUUUCAAGUUAAAGAUAUGAACAGCUAGCUCUACGCUGAAAUGAGAUCAGAGCCAAAGGGGAGAAGAUGGAGACUGGGUGGUCAUGGAUUUGAAGUAGAAUGUGAAUGCAUCAGAUGGUAUGAAAUACUAUUUUCAUAUGGUGUUAUUGUGAAUGUAAGAUGUGCUGAAGGAAACACUGCUAAAUGAGAUUUCCAGCAAAUAGUGAAAUACCUCUCGUAUAAAGUUAUAAAAACAAUAAAUCACUGAUAAAUAUUUUUCUAAUUUAUCCCCAAAAUAAUGAGAGAGUAUUCUGUAUACUGCAGUACUUGAUGUGCCAAGGAAGACGAUGUAUAAAGGUUAAGUUUCAAAGUUUUGAAUAUAUACAUUUCAUGCAACAUUAAGUGUGAGUAAACAUAUUACAGAGAUACAUUAUGUCUUGUGCAAUAAUUUUAUGUUAGUUUGAUAUAUUACUCAGAUGAUCACAUUAUUGUCAGUACAUUGUGUUGCAUGGUGUGAACUCCACAUAAUAUUAACGGCAUGCAACAUUUCAUCACUGGACCAUGGUGUUCCACCUGCACAGUAAAGUACAUACAAGUAUUAAACACAACCUGUGCCAAUUUAAACUUUCACUCUCAGCCACCGUUUUGGUUUAUAAACCUGUUCUGUCAAUUUUGAACGCUGUAAAUAUGAAAUUAUCAGUGUGUGUAUAUACAGGCUGUUUUUUCUUUUGUAUAGCCGGCAGUACAUGUAAAAACCUAUGGUCUUUCUGUUGUUGGGUAGAUUCAUCUGCAGUAUAUGUGGCUGCUGCUUUGCCUCCUGCUUCACAUUGAGAAUGUGAGCUUUUGCAAAAUGUUACACUUACAUAAAUGUAAAGUAUCCCAAUGGUGUCAUAGCCAGACAUGAGAUGUUAAUAUAUGUGUAUUUUUACAAUCAGCCGUAUUUAAUAUGUUAAAUGUGCAAUUGAAUGGAAAUUAAAUAAAAUUAAUGGGAUUUCAUAAA